AGCUCCCGCCAGCGGUGACCAAACGAUCUAGCGCAGACAACAGGCUUGCCGGCUGCAUCACGAAGCGCAGUCAGCGACACCAAACGGUUUGAAGACACGCUGACAGUAAACCUACGGUGGCAGAGGCCUCCGCGGGCACGCCGUCAGCCGGUCUCACCGCAUAGACAACAUAACCAUAGUGAAGGGCCCUUCGCAUUGCCACAGGAACCAGCCGCAGCCAUGACGUCGCUCCCCGUGCUGCACCUGAAGGCGACGAGCCCGCAGAACGCGGUCAUCACGGACGACCCCUACGAAACGACGGCGACGCUGUACACGUUCCUGCGCUCCGUCCCCAGCGUCGCGGAGAAGGAGGUGGCGUUUCAGACCUUCAUGGAGGCGCUGCACGCCGCCCCGUCGUCGGGGCGCAGCGCACUGAUGCGGAAACCAAACCAUCGAACGGUGCAGCUGCUAGAGACCGUCGCCGUGGACAGUGUGUUUCGCCACAGCCCGCAGACCAUUCCGGCGCUGGCCCGCCACUCUGAUCGGUGGGUGCGCCGGCUCGGGUACGGCGAUGGCGGGGCUCGGCGCUCCCCACCCUCUCCAGAGCAGCUGCCCGGCCCAAUGGGCGCCGCCUCUGCGAGCGGAUCGGGCCAGCCUUCCCCCCCGCGGCCACCACCGCCGUCGAUGCCGCAGGUCGUGCGGGCCGCCGAGAUGCACCAGUUUGAUGACCCUUACGCCGCCUACGAAGCUCAACACGGACAGCGCGCCGAGGGGGCAAACGGCGAAGUGGGAGCUGAAGGACGCCACGACGUGCGCAGCGGCGCGGGUCAGGGAGACGGCGUGGCGGAGGGGCAUCUGCAGUACAGCGGCAGCACGCAGGCACCGGACAGUCCGACGGGUGAGCACGCGGUGCAGCCGCAUCGGUCUCACCUGUUCGCGGAGGUGUCCGCGCUGACCGCUUCUGAGAGCGACGCGCACGAGCACGACGGCCGCAGCGGAAGCGACGACCGAGCCGGUCCCCACGGUGGAUCUGCUGACGGCAUCCACCCCGUUCUGGAGCUGAUCGCACGGCAGGUGGAGCAAGCCGUGACCCCUCUUCCUGAGGCAGGUCUGUCGUCCCCCUCCACCACCACCACGGCCCUCGACGAACUCGUCAAGAGCAAGAUCCUUCGCCUCACAUCGCGGUUGGACGACGCCGCGGAGGAGGUGAGUGCGGCCAUGCAUGAGAGGGAGGCCGCGGAACAGGUGUGGUCGCCCUACUACAGCCGACUCAAGACGAGCAUGUCCUUCGUGGAGGGGCUGCAGCAGCGGCUCGGCAGCGCCAUCUCCCUCUAUCAGCUGCAGCGCUACGAGCGGGAGACGCUGCAGCAGGCAUGUGUGGCGGUGCAGAUGGAGGCGCUGGGCCUGAGACUGGUGCUGCGCGACGUCCGUGCUCGGUUGGCGGAUGCGGAGGAGACGGCUGACCCCUCGGUGCGACAUUGCAUAGAGGACGACGCGCUGAUAGAGCGGCUGCGUGGAGUGCUCAGCCCACAAGCGGGCGCCACGGCGGCCGAGUAA